UUUGUCUCCUUUCAUCUUCUUGCCGGCGGCAGUUCAACUCAGAACCGUUCAUCUAGUUGAUUUGGUAAAGUUUGGCAUUUCUGUGGACUUAAUCAAACGGCUCGUAAUGGUCUGGCUACUUGAUUUUGAUCACAUCGUCGUUGUCUGCUACUAUUAUACCAAGCAAAACGGCCCAUGUUUAUCACUUGCUGAAAAUGCCAACCAAAAACAGUCAAAUACCAGGACCCUAAUCCUUGCAUUACAAAACACAAAUACAAACCAAAAAGCCAACUCCUUUGUUUAUAUUCUACUCCAAACUCUAGACCUUUCCCCUUCCUUCUACUCCCCUUCAUCAUAACCACAAAAAGCAAACUUUCUGAUAAUCAUCAAUUCAUGGCGGUUUCUCCACAAGCAUUCCCGCCCAGAAAGCGGCGGCCAUCUGCCGGAGCCUUCAUGUCUCCCAAACUCUCCGACCAGAGCCUCCUCCGCUCUCUCCUCCACCUCUGCCAGGAAAUCUCCUCCCUCGAAUCCCGCAGCUUCCUCCUCAGGCGUACCACCCUAUCCAUGACUCGAAAAUCCAAGCUUCUUGCCUUCCUCUUCGAAGACCUAGUUCGAUCAUCAAUCACCUACCUCUCUCCCUCCGCUCUCUUAUGUUUCCAAGAAAUGUACAUACUGCUGCAGAGAAUCCAAACCCUCAUCGAAGACUCUUCUCACGGCAGCAAGAUGUGGCUUCUCAUCCAAAACGAGUCCCUCGCCAACAGCUUCCACGAGCUGACUCUUGAUCUAUCCACUUUGCUCGAUAUUCUCCCCGUCAAGGAGCUUAACCUAAACGACGACGUCGAGGAAGUGGUCGCCUUGCUCCGUGCACAGUGCGCGCGAAGCAAGGACGCUUUUGUUGAUCCCAAGGAUGAUAAUCUCCGCCUCGAAGUCUGCUCCAUGCUCGAUCGCCUCAAAAAGGAAAUCAUUCCAGACCACUCCAAGCUCUCCGAGAUUUUUGUCCAGUUAGGAAUUCUAGACUCUUCCAAAUGUAAAGAAGAGCUAGAGUCUCUCCAAGACGAGUUUCAGAACCAAGCCGACGACAAGUCCAAAUCCCAAUUGGUUUCCCUCAUCGGCCUCGUUCGCUACGCCAAAUGUGUCCUCUUCGGCGCUUCAACUCCAAGUUCCGAUCUCACUCGCCUGAAAUCUUCCUCGGAGCUAAACUUCCCGGCGGACUUCCGGUGUCCGAUCAGCUUAGAGCUUAUGCGGGACCCGGUCGCCGUGGCCACCGGUCAGACAUACGAUCGUGAGUCCAUCAAGCUGUGGAUCGAAUCAGGACACAACACGUGUCCCAAGACAGGUCAGACGCUGGCCCACACGAACUUGAUACCCAACCGCGCUUUGAAAAAUCUUAUCGCCAUGUGGUGCCGCGAGCAGCGGAUCCCUUUCGAGCACGCCGAGAAUAAGGAUAAAGUCAGCGCCGUCAAGAAGAACAAGGCGGCGUUAGAAGCCACCAGGAUGACGGCGUCGUUUUUGGUCAACAAACUAUCCCUCGCCCAGUCAAUCGAGGCUGCCAACGGCGUCGUUUACGAGCUUCGUAGCCUGGCCAAGACUGAUUCGGACUGCCGAGCCUGCAUUGCCGAAGCUGGAGCGAUUCCUUUGCUCGUACGUCAUUUAGGCUCGGACGUCGGUCGGGACCACCCGAACCUACAGGUGAACGCCGUCACGACGAUCCUCAACCUCUCAAUACUCGAAGCCAACAAAGCAAGGAUCAUGGACACUGACGGAGCCUUAAACGGCGUCAUCGAGGUCCUUCGUUCGGGUGCCACAUGGGAGGCUAAAGGGAACGCGGCGGCUACGAUAUUCAGCUUAUCAGGUGUGCACGCGUACAGGAAGAAACUAGGGAGGAAGGCACGUGUCAUAAAGGCAUUGGUGGACUUGGCCAGGGAGGGACCCGGGUUUUCCAAAAGGGACGCCAUGGUGGCGAUAUUGAAUUUGGCGGGAGAAAGAGAGGCGGUGGCGAAGUUGGUGGAAGGCGGGGUGGUGGAGAUGACGAUGGAAGUAAUGGAGGGGCUACCGGAAGAGGCGGUGACGGUGUUGGAAGUGGUGGUGAGAGGAGGAGGGAUGGGGGCAAUUGCGGCGGCGUAUGGGGCCAUCAGGCAUUUGGGAGUGGUGUUGAGAGAAGGGUCGGAUAGGGCGAAGGAGAGCGCGGCGGCGACACUUGUGACAAUUUGUAGAAAAGGGGGGUCGGAAAUGGUGGUGGAGUUGGUGUCGGUUUCGGGGAUAGAGAGGGUAAUAUGGGAAUUGAUGGGGACGGGGACGGUGAGGGCGAGGAGGAAAGCGGCGUCGUUGUUGAGGAUUCUGAGGAGAUGGGCGGCCGGAUUGGAGGGUGAUCAAGUAGUGGAAGGGUAUUCGACUAUUGUGAGUUCAUCAACGACAGCAAUUGUGUCUAGCUAAAUUUGAUUCAAUGUGUAAAUGUUGAUAGUGAAUUGGUUUUUCUUUAUUUUUGGUUAAUUUGGUGAAACGAUCAAUGGUAUAUCUCAUUCAUUUAUUCA